AUGAGGAAGCCUACAGAACAAGAUUUGGAGGAGCUGUGCCAGCAUAUGAUCCUAUUCGACAUGACUGACGAUAGACGAGGACAUGAACCUCAUGCAGUUCCGGAGCGUUUAAUGAAUUCAUUCCAGUCAUCCAGAGGUUUCAAGUAUCAAAACAUAGCCUCGUUCAGCACAAGUCGUCAUAGGGACGAGCCAUCAAACGUAUUUGAAUCUAUGCAAUACAUGGAAUACGUGGCAGACCGUCGAUAUGAUGCUGGUGAUUUUGCUCGCAUAGGAAAGAUGUCAAAUAACAUGAAGCUGUACUUGUAUUACCCUACUCGUCAAUAUCAAUUACAGAGCAGCAAUGGCACAAGUGGUCGAGAUAGAAGUCGUCGCUCUUCUUCUCGCAGUAGGUCACCACCACUACUAUCGCACAGAGAACCUUCUCGCCAUACACCGCCACUGACACAGAGAGAAGUUGUAAGACAGGCCAACAGAGACAUCGAUCCAUAUGCCAUAGACAAGGCCAUUGCGGCGAAACCAGAGCUCAUUCAACUUACACCCGAAUCGAUCCAUGAGAAGGUAAAGAUAUUGCAAAAGAUAUUUGCGGCCUAUUUCCCUACCUAUUACAUGCAAUUGACACCGUUUGGAUCAACUGUUUCAGGGAUCGCUUUUCCCUCCUCAAAAUUGGAUAUUAACAUUGAAAUGGACAUCCCCGACAUGAAGCGCCUGUUGAUGGAAUCACCAUCGAUGGGAAGCGCACCCCAACCAGACAACUACGAGUACAUGAGCAAUGUACUUCAAUCGUUGGGGGCUACAAAGGUGAACUACAACGAGACAUUGAGUUCAACCAGCUUUCUCAUCGAUCACCUUCGCUAUGAGUACAGCUUCAAUCGGGGUAUUGUGACAAAAUCGACAGAUCUAAUUCAAGAAUACAUCAAAUUGGACAAUCGAGUGUUACCAUUCAUCAAAACAUUAAAGUACUUUGGCCGGGGAAGAAACAUCUUUGCUCCUGCCCUGAAAUUCAACGGCAUACGGUCAUAUGCGUAUGUUGUGAUGGCUCUCUCAUUCCUGAUAUCACUCGAGCCGCCGGUCCUUCCCAAUCUUCAAAACAUCAACCACCAAGACAUUUGUGAUCUUUGUGUAUCAGACGAUUGUGCAACCAAAAAGAUGUUUUGGGAGACGGCUCUCCACAACCAUAUUGUAGUGGGUGCAGCUGCACGUUUCCAUGAUUGCAUAAAGCAUGACGAAACGGCUUCUCCCUGCACAUAUCGAGUCAAGAAGAAUGGAUCCGACUUGUACUGGAACUCAUCAAACAAGGCCACCGUUGGAGAGCUCUUUAUCGACUUUAUGUACUAUUAUGGUUACGAUUUUGACUACAAAAACUUUGCAGUAUCGCUCAAGAUGGGAGGCCGUACACUGAGAAAGGACGAAUUCAAGAAUGACAUGUUGGUGAUCGAGGAUCCCAUCUUGUCAAGCGUUAAUUUGGGUGCUGGAAUUACAGACGGACAGGGUCUUCAGAAAUUCCAACACACACUACGAGGCGCAUUUACACUAUUAUACGGUGGUGUUCCUUACGAUCAAGUAAUCACAAACACACCGGAUAUUCAUCAAUACGAUUGUCUUCAAGGCGUUGGGGCUAAGCGACCAAAAUACAGACCCUUCUUACGCAUGAAAUGGGCUCCAUCAACAAAGACCAUUGCACUUAUAGGAUUGCCCAAAAUACCUGAAGCUGAUAGAGAAAGAGUGUGCUACUGCGAUCGCAUCAAGCAGCUCUUUGCUUCGUAUGGUGAUGUGGAUCGUAUCAUUGAUCUCGACUACACUGUAAAGCAAUUGACAUUUACUGAUGUUAGACGCAAUGUAAACGAUAUCAUCAUACCUACGUCUUUUAUGUUUGAGGGCAAGAAAGUGUACUUGGUGGAGCUUUACGAUUCAGUUCUUCCUCCCAGUGCUUAA